GCCGAACUCACAAAAAAAAAAAAAAAACGAAAAAAAAAAAAUCCAUCUUCAUUUCUCUUCUCUUCUUAUCUCUCCGCUGUAGCCUUUCACUCUGCAAAUUGCAGCGUCUUCUUUGUUCUCUCUCGACAAUCGCUCUCUCUCUCUCUCUCUCUCUCUCUCUCUGUUGGUGUGAUUUUUGUUAUUCGGAUCGAAUUGCGGGCACAGUUCGCCAAGCUUGGUGUCUUGAUUCUGGAGCUGCACAGUGGCCUGCCGUUUUGCACUUUGGAUCUGAAACUCACUUAAUUUGAGCUGAUUUUUCAUUUUUCAAAAAAUAAUCUUGGGGAUUGUUAUGAUUAUUAUUAUCACUUUCAGAGUGUAAUCGGUGUAUGAAGUGAAGGUUGUUCUUCUUUUAUUUUUUGAUAAAUUCAUUUGUUGCUGUUGAAUCCGAUGGGUGAAGGUGAGGAAGGUGAUUUCCCUUCCAAGAAUGCAUCAUCCGAUGCGGUUGCUCCUGCACAUGCACCUGCACUGCCGCCCUCCGAUGUUCCCGCCAAGAAGCUUGCCAGGCAGCUCGAUUUCACCACCGGUAUGCCGGCGGGUGCGCCUUUGUCAGAACGCCCUCAGUCGCAGCCGCCGCCACAACCACAGCAGCAGGUGGUUUUGACGCCGGUGCCUCCUCUUCCUUCCAUGAGGGUUGGGAAACCAGAAUCUCCAAAAUCAAGAUCAAGACCCAACUUUGAAAUGAAAGAUGUUACUCCAAAGAAGCAAAAGCAGUGCAAUUGUAAACACUCAAGAUGCUUAAAGCUUUAUUGUGAAUGUUUUGCAUCGGGAAUAUAUUGUGAUGGUUGCAACUGUGUAAAUUGUUAUAACAAUGUCGAAAAUGAAGCUGCUAGACGAGAAGCUGUUGAAGCUACUUUAGAACGCAAUCCAAAUGCAUUCAGGCCAAAAAUUGCAAGCAGCCCGCAUGCAACACGUGAAAGCAGGGAGGAGGCUGGGGAAGUUUUAAUAUUGGGAAAGCACAAUAAGGGGUGCCACUGUAAAAAAUCUGGGUGCCUCAAGAAGUACUGUGAGUGCUUCCAAGCCAACAUUCUUUGUUCUGAAAAUUGUAAAUGCAUGGAUUGCAAAAACUUUGAGGGAAGUGAAGAGAGGCAGGCUUUGUUUCAUGGAGAUCAUAAUAACAACAUGGCGUAUAUUCAGCAAGCGGCAAAUGCUGCCAUAACUGGAGCGAUAGGUUCCUCUGGUUAUUCAUCGCCACCAGUAACAAAAAAAAGAAAAGGUCAGGAACUCCUCUUUGGGCCAACUGUCAAAGAUCCAAUUGUUGGCAGGCUGGGACAACAGGCAAACAAUGUCAGAAGUCCAGCACCUUCCUCAUCCUUGUCUCCUAUCCCAGGUGCUCGUGUUGGACCUGCAACAUUAGGUCCUUCAAAAUUUAUGUAUAGGUCUCUUUUAGCAGACAUCAUACAACCACAGCACCUGAAGGAGCUGUGCUCAGUUCUGGUGCUAGUAUCUGGACAAGCCGCAAAGACGCUUACAGACCAGAAAAUUUUAAUGGAUAAGCAUAGAGAAGAUCAGACAGAAACUUCCCUUGCUGCUUCAACUCAAGAGCGAUUACCAAGCCAAAAGGAAGCUGAUGUUGAGAAAGCCAUGGCUGACGAUUGUUCGAGUGCAAACCAAACAGAUAAAAUCAGCCCUGAUAAUUCCAGUUCAGAUGAUGCUGAUGUCCCAAAAGGGGGGCCAAUGUCUCCUGGAACUUUAGCAUUGAUGUGUGAUGAGCAAGAUACAUUCAUGACUGCUGCAUCCCCUAUUGGGUCAAUGGCCCAUGCUUGCAACAACACAUCUUCGCAAUUGCCUCACGGACAAGGGAUGACAGAGGUCUAUGCAGAGCAAGAAAGGAUUGUAUUGACGAAAUUUAGAGAUUUUCUUAAUAGGGUUAUCACUAUGGGAGAAAUAAACGAAACGAAGUGUUCUUCAUUAGCCAGAAGUGAAUUAGAGACUCAAGAGGACCCAAUCAUCAUCGGCACCGGAAACGCCUGUACUGAGACAGUGCAUAAGCAGGCAGCCACUAGUAAUGGUGUUGCCAAACCUGUUGUUCCACCCACGGCAACAAGUAAGAGCACGAUUACUUCAACAUCUUUGGUCCCUGGUAGUCUUGGUCCUGAAAAUGGGGAAACUAAGCUGAAAGUCGAAAAAAAGAUAUGAAAGGAGUCUAACUUAGAUGAGGAGAGAUACCAUUGGAAGAAAAAUUAGAAGAAUAUUGUGAAGGUAUGCAGGAACUUCUUGUAAUAUAUAAAUACUGCCAUUCUUCAUUUUCUGGCUUGGUGUCAAGCAUGCAGGCCCACCACUAAUCCAACUAGGAUCAAUUUUUUCUUAUCAAUUUUCUUGUUUAACUUCGGUCAUUCAUAUAUAUCUGAAUUAUUUGUUCAGCUUCGACAUAGCUUGUACAUUACAAACUUGUAAUUUCAUAAAAGAAACAGUGUAACGUAAUUCGCCUUUC